GACUCUCCUCACCUCAUUCUGUGAGACGCCGCCGCUCGGCUGGCUCGGCUGAACUAACCCGGAGUGUUUGGACGGUUCUUCACUCUGAGAGCAGAGCUGAAUUCCUCCUUCUCUCUGUCUUUGAGACACUUUAAAGAUGAGCAGUUUAAUGGCCUAUAAGGAGCCCUUCGACAGAAGCAAUCCUGAGCCUGUUGAGGACACAGACACCACCAGCUUUAUGGCGGAAAUUUCCCUGGAGGCCAAUUAUCCCGUCCAAGUCACAGAUCCUCAUGACGCUGUGACACUGCACCUCAGCUCCAUGCCCUCCGGAUACCUGCAGCGCUCCUCGCAGGACAAGAUCAGACAGCCAGUCGAAGAUCUGGAAGACUGCUCUUGCCCUUCAUCUACUUCACCAGACUGCCCCAAACAGCUGCAGCUCCUCCGCAGUCCUUGUGAAAAGUGCUGCUGCCCAGCACCUCCACCAAAGAUCAGUGACCUCAUGAACGACAAAGACCUGCUGGACUUACUGCGCUUGAAGCUGGACCCAAACCACUGCACGGUUAAAAACUGGAAGAACUUUGCGAGCCGUUGGGGAAUGAGCUACGACGAACUCACCCUGCUGGAGCACCGGACCCAGGGCUCCUUGUCUCACAGCCCCACUCAAGAGUUCCUGCUGCGCUACAACCAGAAGACGGUGACCGAGCUCACCGAACUGUGCCGCAUCUAUCAGCGCAUUGACGUGCUGCGGCUGCUUCAAAGCUGGAUAGAGAAGGACUGGCCGUCACGCUGGCAGCAGACUCACUAAUCAGAUGGAAAUGUGGAUUUAUCUGUUGGGUUUUUUCUGUUCAUGUUCAAGAUUUCUUUUACAUUUCUGGAUCCAAGCUUUUGUAGGUAGCUGUUUAGUAAACUUUUGAACAGAAAACCUUUUAAAGAAAGAAAGAUAUCGAGAAGAAACAGCAAUUCUAAAACCUUGAUCAUCAAAGGUAAACAGAUAACCUUAGAAAUAACAUGGAACUUAAAUUUCCCUUUUGUUCUCUAGACAUCUGCAGUGCUGUGAUGUUUCACAUCCAAUGUAAAGAUAAAAACAAACAUGUGAAGCACAUUCAAAGCAUUGUACAGAAGCUCUAUGCAAUGGUGAUAUAAAUAAGGACGGUAAUGGAUGAGCUGCUGACUUGUUCCAUAUCACUUGACUUACGACUGAUUUCUCCUUUCUGUGAAACACGAUUGUUGAAAAUAUUUUUUUUCUCAUUUAA